CAUUUCCAAUUUUUGAAAAACUACUUUUCGUAGUUUUAUUUUUGAUUCUAGAAAUUAUUUAUUACGUUCAAUAAUCAUUUUGUGUUUAUUCAUUUGUCGGUAUUUCAAAUUUCUCAAAACCUGGCCUAUAUUUUUAUACUAUUCUUGGCAUAUCAGAUGCUCAAUCUACUAAACCUCGCCUUAGUUUUGCUUUAUAAAAUUAAACACUCCGUGCAUUAUUUUUAUCAACGACCGUCCAUAGUUGUUCCCGACACCUUUAAGGGAAAAAAGCAAUAAACCCAACAAGCACUCACUUCAUAUGAUUGAGUAAAGUUCCUAUAUUAAUUCUACCUUCAAAAAGAGCUUUUUAGAUUGUAUUUCGCAAUAUGGCUACAUGACGUUCGUUAUCAGUAUUMCAGGGAUGAAAAUAGAUGGCUCAUUUGAAACAAGAAGGGAUUAAAUUCUCAAGCAAUUAAUAAUAAUUUUGCUUCGAGAUUACAUCGACAGGCUGUUGUGAGCUUAGGUUAGCACCAAAAAAAACUUCGUAAAUAUGAAGUAAUGUUUGCUUGAAAUCUUUAUGUUUUCUUUAUUGUACUCCAACUAUCACCCAGUGCAAACAAAAUGCUACAUUUAUAUCUUUGCCGUUUGACCACUCGUUUGCUUGCUAAGUGGAAAAACGCUGAUAAACAGACAGCGUUUUUCGCGAGAUGUCUACAUUAUCAAAGUCUCAACAUGUCAACGUUGAAAGGGGAGUACAUUUAGGAAAGUUAAUGAGACAAAAUGCUCUCAGAACGUAAACAAGUAUCAUUCGGAAUAAUUAGAGACGAUUAUUUCUUAUAUAGAGAGCGUUUAUGAGCAAACUGAUUAUUGUUGAUGGGACGUUUUGAAAGGAAAGGCUGGGGAUUUGUGUGUUCGUCGCUACUUGGAAAUCUCUUGGGCACUUUUCAAUUGUCAACGAACCCAGAACAGCAUUGGAUGUCAUAGCUGAGCGUCCGUGACUUGAGUCUUGUAUUUAAAGGCUGACCAAAGCUCUGUUUAUCCCAUCAAUAGGGCCUUAAUGGACAACUAUUAGGCCGUUACAUCAGUAAUCAGUGUGGACUAUUGUUCAGCCUUCUUAUUAGUCGUGGUUUCAUAGACUUGUUCUCCACUUUUUGACUUCCAUUGGCUGGUGUAGUUCAAUAACCUGGCAUUCUUGCGCUUAUAGACAUGAUGAACAGCACCGCCGGUUCUCUUGAUAUGUGUAAGCAACCAACGGAUAUUUUGUUUAUCCUGUACACGACGUUUAUGAUUUUGAUUCUGCUGGGAACAUUGUUUGGCAAUGGACUAGUGGUCCUCGCUGUGUUUAUGUUCACUCGACUGCGUCGAAUCUCCAACUUUUUCAUCGUGUCACUGGCUGUGAGUGAUCUAAUGGUCGCGCUCAUGACGCUGCCACUUCGCAUCGAUAUGUCUUACCACAACAACAACUGGUGCUUGCCGAACAGCGUMUGUGUGUUCUGGGCUAGCUCGGACAAUAUCUGGAGCGCUGCGUCGAUACUUAACCUAGCGAUCAUCUCUAUCGAUCGGUUUCUUGCUAUUACUAAGCCAUUUGUAUACCAGGAGAAGAUGACCAAGAAAGUUUGCCUUACGCUUAUCACURUUGUUUGGUGCUAUGCUGGUUUGUGGGGKUUUUUGAGYMUUUUCAACUGGACAACYGGGGAAACUUCACUCGAAGGCUGGACGUUCAUUGAUGCCASAAACGAGAGAAGGUGCGGCAAAAAUGACCCGAUUUACUACACGAGCGUGUUCAUUUGUGCGUUUGCUCUUCCACUCGUUAUCAUCGUCGUCACUUAUGCUUCUAUCUUCAAGGUUGCUCUGCAACAAUCCAAGACUCUAGCUUCUCAGGACCCAAACAAAAGGGGCCACAAACGCAGUGUGCGCGAGCUCAAGGCCACCAAGACGAUAGCUAUUGUCAUCAGUGCGUUUGUAGUGUGUUGGUUCCCGUUUUUUGUCAUCGUUUUAACAGGUCUAUGGUGUCCUGUGAAAUGUUUUAAAAGUUUUCAUGACUAUCCCACUUUGUCUAUAGCUAUUCGCAUCCCAUUCGUGUUUGUMUUUCCCGUUCUWAAUAGYACCAUUAACCCUAUAAUCUAUGGGUUGUACAACAAGGAGUUCAAUGACGCCUUCAAAAAGCUCGUCUUCUGGAAAAAACGUCGCCGAGGGGAAGACUAUCUGAUGGAUGAGUACUCGUGCACCGAAGUUUCACAUCUCAGACGGGCAACUGUUGACUCCAACUCUAAUCGUCGCACUGGCAACAUGAACGGCUCAAAGAUGCAUUGAGCGUGGAAAUGAUGGAAUGGUUGGGAUAUGAAAAGGACUGUAGGAGCUUCAAUUCUGAAUGGAUUCGUCGAAUACCUUCAAAAUCAGUAUCGCGAAAUAACAAGGUUGUCAGUUACUAAUAAGCCGUGACCAUCAAACUUUUAAGGGUUCCUUAUAUGAAUUAUUACUGAAGGCCAAAAUUCCAACCUAAGUAUGACUGCUUGAGUUGCUUCCCGUCAUUUCAGUUAGCCUAUUAUACGAAUGUUGUCUUUUGACAAGUUUUCAGCUGAAAAAACUUUAAUCCUUAAAUCAAAAAUUGACUUUAAAAUCACGCUGAAUAAUGCGUUUCGUCUUAGAAAGCGAGAAGAAAAAAAAUCCGGAAAAACCUGUCUGUUUCUUUAGCUAAUAACAGCCCAAUGUAAAACUUCACUAUUUAGUAAACACCUCGACACAUAUAGCUUCAAACUUUCAAUGCGAAUUGAAAAUGAAAGCGCUUGACGCCUCUGUCGGCUCGCGCUUUUUUCAAAAAACCGCAAAGUAAACACGAUAGGCUAUUGCUGGAAAUUGAACAAGAGAAACUCCGCGUUUAUGAGAUCACGUAGAAGUAGAAUUAGCAGCUUUAUAGAAGAAACAAUGACGGCGUUUAAACUUCGCGAGAUUUAUUGUYGUUGUUCAUUUUGUGGUYGUCCAGUGGUGGGAUUCUGACUUUGUAACUUCCUGUGGCGGCGUGUGUACAUACUGCAAAGUUUUAUUUACCAUUCCAUGAAAGCACGAUUCAUACCCCAUGCACCUUGAUUGUACUAAUUGUUUUAUGGUAAAAAUACCCACAAUUGUAGCGAUAAUGUUCCUGCGAUAACACAAGAAUCUCACCACAUUGUCGUUUCGCCGAGUUUAAUCACUCAAAUACCCGCCGAAUUGGGAACUUGUGAGGGAACGAAACAAGCUUUGCAUAAAUUUAAGUAGGAUAUUCACUUUGUGAAUUAAAGAAGUGUAUAUAGAGAAUUUA